AUGGACGACGAUAUUUUACAGCUUGAACGGUCUAAGUUCUCGACAUAUCCCGAGCCCGGCCUUCUGGAUUACUGCGAGAUGUUUCCUCUUGUGCAAACACUGGCGAAGGCAGAGCUCACGGGCGAAUGGGAGAUCUCCCACGAGGAAAGACUUAUGGUUGCUCUGGAUAGCUUACCACUUCGGAAAGACAUUGCAACCCUGAAGAGAAGUGUGGCUGAGGGGGACCUUGACGAACAAGUCAUACUUGGAAUGAUGCAUUGGACCGGAUGCCGAGUGCCUUUCGAUCAGAUGAUAGGUAUACGUCUAUGGAAGUCCGUCACGCAGUUGGAUACGGACCACAUGCAAAACCCAGAGUGUCCCUUGUCAUUGGCUACAGUCAGCGCGCUACACUGCCUCACCUACGCGUAUUCAUUCUACUACGCUGCUACAGACGAUACUUUGUCGCUCAUCCGUGCUGCAAAGUUUGGGGAAGUCCUCGCGGUCAGAAGGAUCGUCUCACCUGCCGUUCUUCGCACUGCAUACGAAAUGGCUCAGCACCCGGACUUAUUCGGAUUCGCUCAUAACGCAACUGUAGAAAACCUCGGCGCGAAGGAUGAUAAAGGACACUUUCCAGGCUUGAAGGCGAUCUACGAAGAGAGAACAGCUGCUCUACAAAUGGACACACCAAUACACCCACCUUCUUGCCGACCGCUCGAAAGCCCUGCACCCGCUGGCCUGGAUUCGGCUUCCAUUUCUUCUAAUAUCGACGCAUUGCACGGACCCGAAAGCCUCGACGAACUCUCCGAAACGGAGGAUGUUUUGAUGCGAGCUCUCAGUGGCAGUCCUGACAACCUUUCGAACAACGAUUGCUCGGACCUUCUCGGAGACGCUCUUGUACUAAGCUAUUCCAAUGCCGGACUCGAAAGCCCCACCAACGUAGCGAAUAAACGCCCGAGCUCGAAGAAGAACAAGAAGAAGAAAAAGAAACGAGCGCAGCCUCCUACGACUCCUGGCGGAGACCUCCCAGCUCCUCUACCCAAUGACCACCACGCCAAUCAUGCCUCCGUUGAAAGUCACAUCCCCCCUCCCGAAUCUGUCCUCUACGAUCAGACACGAACAUAUUCCGAGCAAGGCAUCCAAGCAGUACAGUCUUGGCCUGAAGGAUGCCCUAGUGGACUUAUUUCUGUGCAAGUCCAGACUGACGACGGCUCCACUCCGAAUGGGCAAUCGAUGCCGACGCCGUCUCACUCGGAACAGAGCUCCCAGACCGAGCUCGGUACGGACGAGUGUACGACGCUUGAGAAGGAGGAGUUGCUUGCUCUUCGCGAAGUUCUGGAGCAGAGCAGAAUCGUCGUGGGUGAGCUCGGGCGCAGGCUCGUGGAGUCGACGCCUGGUUUCGACUACACGUCGUUUGAGUUGGAGGGCUUGGAUCUGGCCUGA